CAAAAGAAAAAUGUGAAGUUGAGAUUAGCGAGGAUGAAAGGAUGCAGAUUCGCGCUCAGUUACUGGAUUUCAUGUUUAAGGCUCCAGCGAAUAUACGGUUACAAUUAUCGGAAAUUGUAUGCGUCAUGAGUAAAUAUGAUUUUCCGGACUGUUGGCCAGAAUUGCUUAAUCUUUUGAAAGAAAUUUUAACAAUGAAUGAUGCUAAUAGACUUCUGGCUGCACUUACUACGAUGGAUGAACUUUUCAAACGCUAUCGUCAUGAAAUGAAGUCAGAAAAACUUUGGAAUGAAAUAUAUAUAGUGCUUAAAGAACUGGCACCACCUUUAACAAUUUUAUUUACGAAUGUUUUGCAAUAUGUAAGUACAGAGAGUGUUGAAAAAACGAAAGAAAAGUACGAUGAAAUGUUAAACAUUUUACAUUUAAUUAUGGAAAUUUUUCAUUCGUUAAAUGUACAAGAUUUGCCGGAGCAUUUCGAGGACACGAUUAGUGGUUGGAUGGAAGGAUUAGGUACUAUAUUAAAGUUAAAAAUUGAUUCAGUAGAAUCGGCAUAUAGCGAUGAUGAGCCUGGUACUUUGGACAAAUUGAAAUGUUGUGUAUGCGAUAUAUUAACUUUAUAUUCUCAGAGAUAUGAGGAAGAGUUCAUGCCUUUUAUAAAUGUUGUGAUCGAAAUUGUCUGGGAGCAACUCAUGGGACUGGAUGCGAGAGUGAGUAUUAAUAAAUUUAGAUUUGAUGCUUUCUUCACUUCCGCUCUUACUUUUUUAUCAGCAAUUUGUGUGAAACAACGUUAUGCUAAUAUUUUUCAAAUGGAUGGAGUAUUAACCUCUAUUACUGAGAAUAUUAUCCUGAAAAAUUUGGUCACUAGGCCAACUGAUCUGGAACAGUUUGAGGAUGAACCUUUAGAAUACAUUAAGAAAGAUCUUGAAGGUAAAGAAUGUUCAAAUGAUUUGCAACAAAACUGGCUAAAAAAGGAUUUAGUAUACUGUUUAAUAUUAGCAGUUGGUGCUAAAACGGAAACUGUGAAAUUUGGUGCAACGACACUCAGUAAUUUCGUGAGUCAUUUUUUGAAUUUUUUAAAUGAAUCAGUUAAAUGA